ACACUAGAUCACAGCACCGGUGCUUGGGUCAUAAUAUAUGAAUACACAUCUAACCUUAUACAUAUGUAAAUUUACAUAUGUAUAAGGUUAGAUGUGUAUUCAUAUAUUAUGACCCAAGCACCCGUGGAUCACAGGAGUUCGAAAUUUUAUCAAUAAAGCGAUUGACCAAGCCAUGAUCAUGCAAUGCGUGAAUGCGGGUGGUUUCGUCCCAAUUACAUAUUCGCACCUAGUGGAUUCGCACCAAGUGAUUUCGUCCCUAUUUCAAUGCAGGUAACAUAAGGUAGAACAUUGCCUUAUAGUCGAGUGGUUUCGCCCCGAUGUACUAAUCGAGUGGUUUCGCCCCAAUAAAAUAACAUAUCUUAAAAUUAUAACGAUUUAACAUAUCUCAAAAUUCACUUUCUUAAAAUGAUCAUCUACUUUCAAAUAAAUAUUGCUGCUUUAAGUUUAUGCUAUAAAUUGAAUUCUUCAUUUUGAGAUUUAUAUAAAUAUAUCUAAGAUUAAUAAAAUCACAUAAUAGACACACUAAUUUUAUCUACAUAAUGCUAAUCUGUUUCAUAUGAUAAUUUUUACUUACUGAUUUUCCACAAUGAAUGCAACUUGCCAUGGCAAAAAUUCUUGGUAUAAUGAUAGAAAUGGACAUAGUUUGGAAGUCGGUAAAUUAAUAUACUGUAUAGUAUUCAUUAAUUUCAAUUCAAUUGCUCAUCAUUAAAAGAGAGUAUGCUCUGAUGAAUCGUUCCAACCACUGUUGCCAUAUAUAAACAUCCAAUUUGAAAAAUUGUUGGUAUAAUGAUCAAAAUGAACAUACCUUGGGCGUCGGUAAAUUAAUAUAUAGCAUUCAUCCCCUAAUUUCAAUUCAAUUCAAUUGCUCAUUGUUAACAGAGAGUAUGCACUAGUCAAUCGUUCCGACCACUGUUGCUACAUACUCAAUGGGGGCGAAACCACUCGGGACGAAUCCACUUGGGGCGUACAGGUAAAGGUGCGAAUAUGUAAUCGGGACGAAACCACUCGUCACCCAAUGCGUUACCUUUUUGUUAACACAGAGCGUCAGCUCGUGCCACUGUGAAUUUUGUUGAUAAAAUUUCGAACUCCUGAUCACAGGAUUAGACCAUCGGCCUCUGAAUUUCAACCAUUACGCCAAUAAAUACAAUGGAGGUAAACGUUGCAGCUGGUGUUCCCUGGAAUGAAUUAAUGUUGCAAGACUCUCUUCAAGGCAGCAUGGAAGUAUUUAUUGAGUUCAUCAAACAGGGACAAAUGGACUCCAGAGACCACAUGGGUUCCACCCUUCUCCACCUAGUAGCCAGGAGUGGCAAUGUGGAAAAGGUUGAGAAAUUGCUUGAACAUGGAGCAUCCACCUUUUUGAAAGAUCUCCAUGGACUCCUCCCACUCCAUGUUGCAUCGAUUCAUGGUCAUGCAAAGAUUGUGCAGUUGCUAUUGAAUAAGGGCUGUGAUGUGAACGUGUCUUCUGAUGCAAAACUGACUCCUCUUCAUUGUGCCGCUCAAAAUGGGAAGUCUGAGGUAGUGAGGCUUUUGUUACAGAAUGGAGCAUCUUUGGAUCCCCAGAAUUGUUACAGUCAAACUCCUCUCAUGUUGGCUGUAUGUGAAAGUCAUGAAGAAGUGGUGAGGUUGCUAGUGGAAGCUGGUUCAGACCUUUUUGUGAGGGACAAAACAUCCAUGAGUAUUUUCCACCUUGCAGUUGUAAAGAGCUCUUCAGUAUGUCUGCAAAUCCUCCUGGAAAAAGUGAAGAGUGGCAGAUUGUUGGACCUCACUAACAUUCAUGGAAUGUCACCUUUUCAUUCAGCUUUAAUGAAGUUAAUCAAUCAAAGAGACAGUUACAAUGAGAUGCUUGAAAAACUGAAAAUGUUAAUAAAAGCAGGGACCUCACCCAGACCUCAGCAGGUAUCGAGAAGUUUUCACAUGAAGAAAUCAGCUCAUGAUUUACAAACACUUGUGAUGAUUGGAAACGUGGAUGCCGUUUCUUUGAUUUUACAAGUCAAUUCACGAAAAAAUAUCCUCAAAGAAGUUAGCAGUGUGUCAUCCGAACUGAAUGGUGGUCGUAUUCAGAGUGCUUCCAAAGAUAUGGCUGGACUCCUGCAGAGUUAUGUUAGCAAUGUGGACCGCCUGCAACAUUUAUGCAGAAUGGUUAUCAGAGACAAUAUGGAUCCAGGGAAUCAAAACAUUUGUCAACUACCUCUACCACAGAACUUGAAGAAUUAUGUGGCAUUUUCGGAUCUGUGUUAGAAGUCUAAAUAUUCAGGAAAGUAUUGGUGCAAUAUGUAGGUCCUCAACUUCUUCACUAUUUUUCAGUGAAAGAGGUUGAUAGGCCAAAUUUCCUUUGUGUUCCUUUGCAAAACAUGAAACCCAUAUUGUGAACCUGUCUUGGGCCUUGGGGACAUGGUUUUAACAAACUUUAAUCUGCACUAUGUGGAGAUGCUUGGUUAUGAAAUAGAUAAAUACAAUAUUUUCACAAAGCAUCUCCUCACUAGUACAUGAAAAAAGACAAUAAGAUAAAAAAUCUUACUAUAAAUGGUACACUGUACCAAUUUGUUCAGUUUAUUAGUUAUUUUGGUCUGAUAAUCCAUCAUUAUAAUUUAUUACACAAUGGUUAAAUUGUUGUAUAUUAAACUAACAUAAUACAUGCACUAGGCAGAUUUUAUUAUUUAAAGAAUGUGGACAUUCCAUUGUGAAAAGAUUGAUGACUUCCAUUCAUUAUUUUUGCUGGUGUUCUUUUUUCUAUUUUUUGUUUGUUUACAUUGUACUGUGCAACCUUGUAAAUAUGGAGUGCCAAAUUAUCAUAAACUCAAAUGAUUGAAGAUCUCUUUAAUUAUUUGAAGAUAUCAUUCGUUCAUUUGAAAUGUGCAGCAAUACAGCAUUAAACUUUUUUUUUUUCAAAUAUAAAUCAAUGACAUCUUCAAAUUUAUAGCACACAUUAAUUGAAUUAUUGAUAGCAUUAAUUAUUCUGCUGAGUGAAAUUCCACAAACCUUGAGAAAUAGGCAUGUGUACAUAGAGAAAAAAACCCCGUUUUUUUGCUUUACCUACCCAUUCAUGAAAAAAAAAUUUAUUUGAUUCAGCACACUGAUUGUGAAUGUAUUUCUGAUGGAUGAUAUCUAAUAUAAAAUAUAUGCGUAGUCUUGCGUACAACUUCUUUCUUGGGGAUACAAUGGCACUGGGGUGAAAGGAAUCCUUUUAGGGUCUCAAAGUACAGCAUUUUAAGUUUUUAUUUGUUUGUUCCUUCUAAGGAACUUUUUGAUGGACGGGUAUGUAUUUGUGAAUCUAAAAAUAUUGAUAAAUUUACCUUUUGUAAAUUUUAAGUAAACAGGUUCACAAAUAGUCUGAUUUCACUUAAUUUCAUAAUGCAUACAUUUGUUGUUAGCUAGGUAAGAUAUACAUGACUAAUUAGAAUUCUAGCUGUGGGGUAUGAAUUUAUGAUGUAUGAUAUUGUGUGUCCAAGUUAAAUUCUUUAUUGCUGUGGUGUUUCUUGUGACCAAAACUUUUAAUUUUUCAACCCUUGUUCAUAAUAUUUGGUUUCAGAGAGUAUGGAGCAAAUGCAUCAACCACAAAGUUUAUAUAUAAAUGUUACAAAUACUGUACAUGAAACUAGCUUUGAUAUUGAGACACAGGACUGAAUCAGAAUGAAAUGUGGACAUUUUUGACAAUUUUCAAGAACAACAUUUAAAUCACCAACUUUGUGAUGUCAUAUACUAGAAGAGAAAUCAGUUUUAGGAAAGUAUGAUUUUCUCUUUAGUUUCAGGAUUAUUUUAUGGAAACAACUGAAUUUCAGAGAGAUUUAAGAAAGGAUUUUUCUCUGACCUAGUUCUUUAAAAGUGCUGGCCUAAUUUUGGAUAAGGUAAACAUGUACUGGCACAUGAUAUUGAUGUACGUCAGAAUGUUCCUAUGGACUGCCUGUAACUCUUAUAACCUUGCUAUUAUAUUAAUGAAACAUUUAGGCCUACAUGUAUUUUGAUAUGUUUAAAUGAUGGUGAUGGUUAGUAAAGUGAAAUACAUUGCUGUUCAGCAAGGAAAUAAAUCCAUAUUCUUAAACUA